AUGGUGACGACUGCGAGUUUUGCCACUUCUGUUCUCCUGCAGCUGUCAAAGAGAGCAAACGACGCUUCAAGCGCGAUGCGCGCAGGGAGACGCCCUGCGGCAAGUCUGUUACAAGCUCAUAAAUGGAAGUUUUCCAAAACUAGGGCUGCCCUCUUAGGGAGCCCCUUACUAAAGACUCUAGUAUUUUGGGUCUACAUUGGGGUCCCCGUUGUUUUGGAAACUGCCAAACAUCGAUCCGCCAAAGUUUGGAUAACAUGA